AUGGCAGGGCCCACAACCCACUUCUCCCAUCCCGACCACGAGCUCAAGCUCAGGGACGGCUACCUCAUGCCACGCAUCUGCGACCUGUGCGGGGAGAAGAUCGCCGGCAGAGGCUACAGCUGCCAACGGCGGCGCUGCGGCUUCGACCUGCACGAGGAGUGCGCCACGUACCCGGAGGUCCUGAGCUCCUUCUUCGUGCACCCGUGGCACGACCUCACCCUCUCCCGCGCCGACGACGGCGGCGGCGGCGGCGGCGAUGACGGCGAGCCACGGGCGUACUGCCACGUCUGCCGCGAGGACGUCCCCGCCGGCGCCUUCCUCUACCGGUGCGCGCCGUGCGGGUUCGCCAUGCACCCGCGGUGCUCGCGGCUGCCGCGGGCCGUGCGCAGCGAGCUGCACCCGGAGCACGGCCUCGACGCCGUGUCCGGGAUGGGGACCUGCGCGGCGUGCGGCAAGCCCUGCUACGUCUGGGUCUACCGCUGCGGGCUGUGCAACGUGGACCUCCACAUCGCCUGCCUCCACGGCGCCAGGCCCUCCAGCGGCGGCGCGGGAGGACAGGCCGCCGGGGCGUCGCCGGGUGGGGCGGCGCUAUUGGGAUCUAUCGUGGCAGCCGGAGCAGCUCUCAGCAACAUGCUCGAGUCGGAUGAUUGA